UUGGAUUGCAUAAAAAAAAAAAAUAUUAACUUCUCCAAUAAAAGUCAAGAAGUUCAAUAAUGUCUAACAACACUGAAUCUAAUGCACUUGUAAAAUUUACCGAAAAUUCAAAUAAUGAGUGGAUUGAAGAAGCUAUUGUAAAAGAUUACAUUAAAUGUUAUGAAUUCAAUUAUUUUAGUAAUUUUCAAGAAAUUGGUUUUGGAGGGUUUGGAAAAGUUUUUCGUGCAAAUUGGAAGAGUUCUCAUAAUUAUUUGGCAUUAAAAUCUUUUUUUAGUUUCAACAAUACUACAAUUAAAGAAAUUAUUAAAGAGUUUAAAAUUCAGCGUGAAGUGGAUUUUCAUGAUAAUAUUAUUCAUUUCUGUGGAGUUACGAUAGAAAACCAAAAUGAUAAUUCGAAAAAGUAUUGGUUAGUAAUGGAAUACGCAGACAGUGGUACUCUUCAAGAAUAUUUGAAGGAACGUUUUGAUAAUCUUAUCUGGAAUAAUAAAUUUGAUAUGGCAAAUCAGUUGGCUUGUGCUAUAUUAUGCUUACAUGAUGAAGGAAUUAUUCACCAUGAUUUGAAUUCCAAAAAUGUGUUAGUUCAUCAAAAUAUGAUCAAAUUGGCUGAUUUUGGUUUAUCAAAAAGAAUUGAAGAAUCAUCUAACCUCCAAUCUACAAAUUUAUAUGGAAAAAUUCCUUAUAUUGACCCAAAAAGUUUUAGUAAUCAAGAUUAUAAAUUAAAUAAAAAAAGUGAUAUUUAUAGUAUUGGGGUACUUUUAUGGGAGAUAUCUAGUGGCAAUCCUCCUUUUUAUUCUGAAGGCAAACCGUAUGACGUUUGUUUAGCAAUUGAUAUAUCACAAGGCCUUAGAGAGACACCCAUUCUUGAUACACCCGAAGAUUAUACAAAUAUUUAUACUGAUUGUUGGAAUAAUGAACCAGAUAAUCGUCCAACUAUCAAUCAGGUUAUCUCCAAAUUAAAUGCAAUUAUUUUAAAUAACAGUAAAAAUACAAUGAUUAUGAAGAACUUUCAGUCAAAUGAUUCUCAUACAAAUGUUCAAUCAUCAAGUAAACAACUUAAUUUGAAAGCUUUUGAAGAUUUUGAUAAGAAUUUACCACAUGGAGAAUUAUCUAAAAUUAUUCAAAAGUUUAACAAGAUUAAUAUCGAAGAAAUAGAACCUUCAAUGACAUCAGAUUAUUACUUUAAAACGAUAGUUGAUGAAAUGGUUGAACUUCUUAAUAAGACACUAGAGGAAGGAAAGGAUAGACGAAACAUUUAUGAUUAUUUUAAUAAUUAUGAUAUGACUUCACAAGAAAUUUAUAUUUGGCUUUUAAAUAAUCAACAUUACUCAAAUUCAAUUGUUUUACUUGGAGAUUUUAAUUACUUAGGAAUUGAGAUUAAUGUUGAUAAAAAUAAGGCAUUUGAAUUAUAUCAAAACUCAUCAGAUUUAGAAAAUGCAUAUGGAAUAAAUAAUUUAGGAUAUUGUUAUCAACAUGGAAUUGGAAUUGAUAUUGAUGAAAAAAAGGCAUUUGAAUUAUAUCAAAAGUCAUCAGAUUUAGGAAAUGUAUAUGGAAUAAAUAAUUUAGGAUAUUGUUAUCAACAUGGGACAGGAACUGAUAUUGAUGAAGAAAAGGCAUUUGAAUUAUAUCAAAAGGCAGCAGAUUUAGGAGAUGCAUAUGGAAUAAAUAAUUUAGCAUAUUGUUAUCAAAAUGAAAUUGGGACUUAUCUUGAUCGGGAAAAGGCAUUUGAAUUAUAUCAAAAAGCAGCAGAUUUAGGAGAUGCAUGUGGAAUAAAUAAUUUAGGUGAUUGUUAUCAAAAUGGAAUUGGAACUGAUAAAGAUUUAAAAAAGGCAAUUGAAUUAUAUCAAAAGUCAGCAGAUUUAGGAAAUGUAUAUGGAAUAGAGUCUUUAAUAUAUUACUAUCAACAAAAGAUUGCAACUGAUAUAGAUAAAAAAAAGGCAUUUGAAUUAUAUCAAAAGGCAGCAGAUUUAGGAAGUGCAUGUGGAUUAUAUAAUUUAGGAAUUUGCUAUAAAUAUGGGAUUGGAACUGAUAUAAAUGAAAAAAAGGCAUUUGAAUUAUAUCAAAAGGCGUCAGAUUCAUUAGGGUAUACAGUAAUAAUGUAGUGUAUAAUUAACACUGUAUGUAUAGUAUAUUAUAAUUUUCAACGUAUGUAAUGUAUGGUUAGUUAUGUCUGUAUUGUAUAACAAAUGUAGCAAUUUCAUUAUUGUCUAAUAAAUAUGG